UGCGCGGAUGCGCAGGCUGAUCUGGAUCCAUGCUGGUCCCAAAGCCACAAUGUUGGUUUUCUCAUGGCGCGGAUCAUAUUGUUUCCCCAUAGUCAUGAACGUUGAUUGAUAGCAAUGUGCUUCUCUAGAUAUAUACAACGGUUUCACUGACUCUAAGCUACUAAUAAAGGAUUUAUCAAGAUUCAUAAAUAUACGCAUAAAAGAACGCUGGAUAUAUUACUUUAAUUAAGAAAAUGUCAUUUUGCGUCACAGAUGAACGUUUGCUGGAAGAAUGCAUUACAAAGCUUGAAGAGCGAGCAGAACCAAGUAAAAAUGAUAUAAGAUACGAAAGAUAUGUCAGCUAUAUCAAUCUAUUUUUAAGUAAAUUUGGAAAUGAAAGGGUAUACCUUGUGGGCAGUACGGGUGCGAGAUCUAAACUUGCAUUUUUAAAAGACAAUGGUGAUGCCGAUUUCUUACUUGUUUCUGGAAAGCUUGAAAUUCCUGUCAAAAAUCUGGAUCCAAAUCCCAAUGCGCCUACUUAUGUUCAUAUUCGUGCUGAUGAGUGUAGCAGAGAUAUUCGACUCGAAAUCGUUGAGGACAAAUACGUUUCAGCUAACACUUUACGUGAAGUGAGACCGGAGUUGUUCACUCUUUUACGGGCGAUUUAUUUGCAGACUACUGCCACCGUAAAUAAAUUACCAGAAUCAGAUGAAGACCGUACAAUGUUGUCGGUUUCCUCAAAGGUCGGCUUAAAAACAACUACCUAUAGAUCAUUACAGUUUGAUAGAGAUAUUGCAGAAUACAGGCGGAAAUUUUCGCAUGUUAAGAAUGCGGUUGUGGCAGACGAAAGAAAGCAUCGACUCUCAAUGAGAUGGAGAGAUGUAAAAAUACAUGCUCGAGACAAGACAGUCUAUAGACGAAUAUAUGAAACAUCGAAAUUAGCGGUACCAUCUGGCGGCAAAAGAGGAAAUAAUGGAGGGAUAGCUUUUUUUGCACAACUCGUUGAAGAAGUUCUUAAGCGACAGGAUGCUGAAAUGCUACAAAGGUCAUCUCCUGAAGAUACUGAAAGUGAUAGCGUUUACAGGAAUGAAGAAGCAGACAAGGGUAAAAGAAGUUCAAAGGAGAUGGCUAUUAAAGCAACUUACACUGAAAAAAAGCAUAAAGACUUUGUUCCAGCUUUAGUUAUUAAAGGUGAACUUAAGUGUAUGAGACAGUGGAAAGAGAGAGUAGAAGCACGUGGUUGGCCUUCAUCUAAGGUGAAAGAUAUUUUCAAUACAGAUGUAUUUGCUGUCGCAAGAGUUGCUCCAAUCAACCCAAAUACAGAAAAGGACUUUUGCUUGUCGUUUAAUCUGGCUGAGCAAAAGUUAAUGAAAUGGAUGUCUAUAACACAAAGAAGAGUUUUCUUGAUUCUUAAGGCCUACCUGAAAGGUGUCUUUGAAAACAACCACAGAGAAAAGGGCAUAGAGCUUAAACUUAAAACUUAUCAUAUUAAAAGUCUUCUGUUCUGGCUUAAUGAAAAUAAUGAUGAUGACGACAAACAACCAGUUCAAACGGUCCUUCAGAAAGCCUUGAGCUCCCUAAGGAAGAAGUUGUGUAACAAAAAUCUUUCACAUUAUUUUGUACCAAGUCAGAAUAUGUUCGCAGACUUUGUGAAAUCAGAUUACGAAAUUUUGAUUAACUGUGUUGACGAAGUUCGAAACAGUCCUGUCCUCAGUUUAAACAGCUACAUUGAGUUGAACGAUGGUCAACGAGGAGAGGUUUGGUUUACUGAAGAUGAGUUGCGCUGUUUUUUGGAUAUGUCAGCUGACGGAGGCAGACAUGAACAUAUCAGUAAGCUUGAAGAAGCUAUGGUAGAUUUUCAGAGAGGUGUAAACGAUAAGAGAGAUGUAGACGGAACCACACCGUUAGGAGAAGCAAUUGUAGACACAAUAAAACUAUAUCUGAGUGAGGAUAAUUGUGUUAAUUACUCAAAAUUUAAACAAGUUAACGAUUUUCUUACAAAAGGCCAAUUUGAUCAUAGAAAAAUAAACUCGUCUGAAGCGAACGAGAAAAUUGAAGAUGCAUCUUCCAAUAUUGUGGGACUUGCAGGGUCGAUUUAUUGGUGGCUCGGCUUGCGAUGUGUGUGGCUGUUGGUGCGUUUGAGGUUAAUGCUUCCAGGGAUUCGACUGUUACUUUAUUUUGGUACCUUCAAUUCAAAAAUAAAUCAUUUUUUAAAUAAGUAUGGCGGAAAGGACGGAGUAAGACAUGUAAUACAGGGUGCGUUUUGUGGAAAGGCUGUGGACUUUGAUAUGGAUAUUGGAGAGCAGAUUGUGGACACUGUUCGCCGUUAUCUUACAUGUUCAGAUGACGAAGAGGAUGCUAUCUGUUCUGAGUUAAAAUACAAAUUAGCAGGUUACUUUCUCUGCAGAAAAGAGUUCCCAGAUAUGUCCGGGAUACGACGUAUAUAGGAAGUACACUAAAACAAUUUAAAUCAUUGUACACUGAAACUCUCAGAAUACAGUUUGACAAAUUAUUAUGUAUGAUUCAGAAGUCUUGUAACUGUUCAUUGCCUUGCAGUUUUAUAGAUGAUAUGUAUCCUUGCAAUAUGAGAUGAAAAAUUAAAUCACAUGUAUGAAUGUAUGAUAUCACUAUUGUAUAUUUUAUCAAAUAUACAUCGAUGUUUAGAUAUUUUCGAAGUGGUUAAAAUCAAAGACUGCGAACGAUGUAGCUGGAGUUCAAACAUUGUGUAUAUUGCUCUCCAAAUAAUAAAAAUUCUGGGCACAAA